CCAAUUAACAACUUCAUUUUACCGUUCGCGCUGCUCGAGUCAAGAUGUUUCCCGCCAAAUCAUAUUUUUUAAAAGUGCUGACGUCGUUUAUUCUUUUUGUCUCCUGCCUGGCCAGUUACAAUGAACAAUACAGAGUUCCAUACGCGGUUUCGGAUCGGUGGGAAAGUUAUAUAUUUGAUGAUAGAGAAUAUAUUGUACAAAAUCUGCCAGUUGUAUGGGAGAAUGCUAAUAUUUUGUGCCGAGGCCAUCACAAUGGGACACUCGCAAUCAUCGACACGAGGGAAAAAGCGGAAUUCCUUGCUGAAGCCCUGUCUGAAUUGCAGUUUCCCAUAGAAUCCGUAUGGGUGGGCGCACGUCGUGCCUCCGCGGACGACCCGGAGGGGUACCGCUGGGGACACGGCGUGGAGUUGCGUCGUACAUCUGCUGACGUGCUGCACUCGGAGCUGGACGCCGCUGAUGAUGGACGGUUUCCUGUGUGGCUAAACCGCACACGUAUACCAGUGCCCGAAGGGGGCGCGGAUUGCGUCGCGUUGGAAAGGGUCAAUCACGACAAGCCUGUGUUUUUGGACCUGCCUUGCAAUCUGGAAAGGCCUUUUGUGUGCGAAAAAGACGCACAAACGCAAGUGCGCGUUCGCGAAGCGGGCACAGUGCGGUGCGGCGGCGGUGCGUACCGCGUGUUCGGGGGACGACUCGAUUGGCACCAAGCGGCCGCUUUCUGCGUUAUGAAUAGGAUGACAUUAGCAAAUAUUGGAUCUAUGAAGUGUUUGAAAAAAUUGGGACUGACUAUGUUGAAAGCACGACCAAGUAUAGAGGGCGCAUGGGUCGGGGCCCGCGGUAGUGAGGGUCGCUGGGAGUGGCUCGAUACAGCGAGGAGUAUCUUUGAGUCGAGUGACCUCACUCAAGGGGACUAUGGAGUGUGGCCGCCCAUGAGAGACGCGUCAAAUGUAAAGCAGAGCGGUUGUCUGCAAAUCGAUAGACACGAAACAAAAUCCCCUAUUUUCAUGGAAGCAAGAUGCGAACGGAGAAUGCAAUUUAUCUGCUACAAAGCCUUCCACUCAGUAUUGCCAGCUCGCAGAACAACAAUCCCCCCGCUCAGCGACGACAACUACUACUACGUGUUGGUCCGCCAAAUGUUCACUUGGCAACACGCGUUCGAUAACUGCAAGGCAAUGAACGGGACGUUGGCCGGGUUGGACAGUCAAGAAGUUAUGAUUGAGUUGUUGUUGGCUAUGGGAGAGAAUAGGGAUGAACCGGUAGAACACAUCUGGGUAUCGGGUCGUUUGAAUGUGACACGUGACACGAGUGAUGAGCUCACUUACACGUGGUACAACCCCAGCACGGGCAAGAUUAUACCCGGCCCCAAGAGUGCAGACGCUUUGUAUAUACCCCCAUGGUUGAGUGAAGAGUGGUCAGCAUCCAACGCCUGUCUCAACCUGGACCGGGAAGCACAUCUCACUGGUCUCGUGUACGGGAUGAAAUGUGAUACACCGCAGUACUCUGUUUGUGCUAUCGAAAAAGCUGUGAAGGCUGGACCUACAGAACCUACUUUGACUGAAGAAGCGACACAACAAUUAUAAAUAAUUUAAUGUAUUCAAUAAUUUUAAUUUAUAAUAAUGUAUAUUUAAUUUUAAUUUGAACCACAAUUUUUUAUUAAUUAUUAUUGGAUUAUU